AUGCGAGAACAAGACUUGAAGGACAUUUUUUCAAUUCUUUUGAUUAAAUUGGAUUUAAAAGAGGUCCCCAUUGAAACCUCGUCAAUGACUUCCUUUUUGAGGAAAAGGGAGUAUCCUUAUCUGUUUUCAGCAGACAGAGCUUUGCAGGUGAUGCAGGAUUUAGAUUUGGUGAUUGACUUGAAAAAGGCUCGCACGGUAUUCAAAUACGACAUCAAUAAUCAAUUGGGAUUGGACUUUCUAAGUCGAUUUUACGACGCGAAACUUUUGCAUUGUCCAACUGAUAGAACGAGAAUGGAGUUAAAGUUAGGGCUUACUGUUCAACCGACUCCCAAGGGAGUUGCAAUUCUCGUUAAUUUUCUUUCUAGAUCGGGAAUAGAGUUGACGAGAUGGCCCUCUAUAACAUUCAGUUCUUUGAAUACUAUGGAGUUGUUUUAUUUUGAUCGUCGUGGUGCUUCGGAUAAAAUUCUCUACUCCAAUUACUUGCUUUACCUUGUAUUUGUACGACUUAUGGGGAAUAAACUACACAUUUGGUCUCCCAGAUCUGCUCCGCAAUUGGUGUACUAUCCUUGUCUCGCAAACGCAGGGUAUCUGACAGACCGACUGUUAAGUGUCUCAACGGAUGGUGAAGAAGUAGUCGAAGAGGAUGAAGAUAUCUUUGAUGGUCUUGGUGAGGGGGGACUGAAAAUCCCAAAAGCGGAGUUUCACUCGUAUUUUCAUUUUGGUGCUACAGAAGAUUCUCUAGAUUCAUCAUCUAGCAGUUCAGAAGGUUCGAAAAAAACUCUGAACCUGCUGGAUUCACAUUCUAAACCUGACCCCAACAAGAAACAGAAUCAAAGCAACAGGACUACCAUUCAUGGCUCCUUUACCGUUAGUCCAUUUCACCAUCGAUACUUUACUAAUCCCGAGUCAGACUCUCAUAUCCAGUACUAUGUUUCUAACACCGGAGUACGUCUUUUUGAAGACAAAUGGUUUCAAAAUGAGCACGGUAAAACGCUAAAGAGCAAUGUGUGUGUCUCAGGAAAAGCCAUAUGCCAAUGGCUAUGUGAUUGUACUGACAUAAUGUACCCUAGACAAGCUGGAGAUGUUGCUGAGCUAUUGGUUAGAGCCAAGUUGCUAAAACCCAUCUCACUACCUUCAACAUCAUCACGUGAAAGGUCAAAGCAUGUCAUGGAUGAUCGGAAUGCCCUCUAUUGCCUUACAGACUUUGGAAUGAGGACUGUUCAGUGGCAGACAACCAAGCUUGAACUUGAGGAGGUCACUGAUGAUUUCACCAGUCUUGCCUUGAGCUUGAUUAUCAAGGGACGUCCCGAAUCUACCACCAAGAUUGUUCCAAAAUAUGUCACAGAAACGCUGAAGACUUUGGAAGACAUUAUGAAAGAUCCAGGUAUGAGACAUUUAUUCAAAAAGCAUUUAGAAGCUGAAUAUUGCUGUGAGAAUCUAGAUGCCUAUUACGAGUUGAAACGACUAGAGAAAGCGGUUCAGUCAUUACAUAAGAUGAUUAAUGAAGAGCUCAACAGUGAUAAGAACACUAUGUGGGACGUUAUCAAUGCUGCCAACCAAUGUCUAGCAUUGGCUUACAGAAUCUACUUUAUCUAUAUUGCUAGUGAUGCUCCAUUCACAUUGAAUAUCGGACACGACUCUCGGAUUUCAAUAGACAAGAUCUUAGUGGAAAGUAAAGAACUGCCUUAUCUUCAAACACCUGUGGCCGAGAUGCACUUUGACUUCGAUACAAUGAAGGUUGAAACUCCCAAUAAGAAAGAGGAAACAGUUAAGAGCCCCGCAAGAGUACAUUUAAAAGACCAAAAAUUUGAACCUGAAUUCAAUGAUAUCACUGACCAAAUCACCUACAGAGAAACGGCUACAUUCUAUGGUUAA